AUGACAUUUAAACUAAAAGAUGAUUCGAUAUUCAAAAAGUUUAAUUUAGUACCAAACAGUCAAUAUCUGAAGCCCACAAAAGAAAUUAACCAAAUUAGAGAACAUGCUCUCAAAUUAACCAAUGGAAAAAUGCAUGAAAGUGCAGGAGGAUCAUCUUUAAACACGGCUAAAAUUCUUGGCACACUUCUUAAGGGAAAACAAACUGUUUUAUUCUGCGGAGCCGUUGGUAGAGAUAAACACGGAGAAAACAUGAGAAAUAUGGUCAAAGAUGUAGAACUCGAACUUGUGGAUAUACCUAAAGUUCAGACAGGUACUUGCUUGUGCUUAAUUUGGAAAGAAAAUGCUUGUCUAAUUGCUGAUAUUGGUGCAUCGCAGAACUAUAUAUUAGAGCACAUGUGCACCAAAAAAAUGCAAAAAUACUACGAUAAGUCGCAUUUCAUUUACGUAGAAGGAUUUUUCCUUCCCGGUCGAUUUAAAGAAGUCAAAUAUCUUUUGGAUGAUGUUUGUGCAAAACAAGAUAAUGUAUUUAUCUGGAAUUUGAGCGCAGCUUACAUCAGUACCACUUUCCCCAAAGAAUCUAAAUUCAUAACUUCAAAAUCCGAUUUUGUCGUUGGAAAUGUUGAGCAGUUUAUGGAUUUGGGAAAAGUUUAUAAAACGAAAAACUUAAAGGAAAUUAUGGAACGAACGUUCGAAGGGCAUGAUUGCGUUAAGAAGAGAUGUAAACAUUUCCAAAGUAAACUAGCAGUAGCAACCGAUGGCUCUAAACCUAUCCAUAUGAUGUACAACACCAAGAAGGAUUUCCUUUGCUAUGAAGUAUAUCAACCACCUCUCAUUCAAGAGAAAGAUAUAAAAGAUACUACAGGCGCUGGUGAUUCAUUUUUGGCAGGAUUUUUGAGAGGAUAUUUGGCUAAUAAAUCUCCUCUCAGAUGCGCAGUUUUUGGGUCAAAGGUAUCUGCUGAUAUCAUUGACCAAUAUGGAGUUACAUUAAGUAGAGGAUUUACUCGUCAUACGCCAAAAGUGUAG